UUUUUCGUCUUGAAGAUCAUCAUCUCCCGUGUCACCGAACCUCCCAACUUCCGCCCAGAUGAAUUGAUACCACCCGGGCCAAGUCCAGACUCAAUGGCUCGUCUCGAUUCUACAAUAAGCGACUCGGCUCGGUUUUACAGGGGAGCGGUUCAAGUCAUGGUGUAUUUUGAGUUUUGUCACAGGCGCUCUGCAAUCACCAAUCAUCAUCGAGAGCGAUCCGAAGGACAGGCGACUGCAUAAAUCGUGUAACAUGCCGCAGAUCUCGCCAGCUUUAGACCUUCAGUCCCCGAAGCUCAAGUACUUAUGUGCAGUGGCAUGCCGUGCUUAAUACGUCCCGAUGUCUUGUCUACUGCGGCCUACCGCGGCUGUCGGCUGAUCCAUUCGAAUGCACUGUGUGAACUCAU